AUGCCUCUCGAUACCUCCACAACAUACCCCCUUACUCGGUUGCGCCUGGACGGCCGCCGGUGGAACGAGCUACGUCUGCUGCAAGCCCAGAUCUCGACCAACCCCGCCAGCUCCGGCUCGUCAUACCUGUCGAUGGGCAACACCGCAAUCAUGUGUUCCGUCCACGGGCCCGCGGAGGGCCGUCGAGGAGAAGGAUCCGGCCAGGCAGGGAGUGCUGGCGCUAUCGUGGAUGUGGAAGUGAAUAUUGCCGGGUUCGCCAGCGUGGACCGCAAGAGACGCGCAGGAGGUAGCGGCGGACAAUCCUCACGAAUUGCUACGACUCUCCGCUCAGCCUUCCAGUCCCAUCUACACACCUACCUCUACCCGCACAGCACAAUCAGCAUCCACGUGCACGUCCUCUCGGCAGAUGGCUCAUUACUGGCGGCUGCGAUCAACGCCUGUACCCUAGCCCUCGUGGACGCCGGCAUUCCCAUGCCGGGCCUGAUGUGCGGCUGCACGGCUGGCAUGAGCGGCAGCGCAUCGACGCCGCGCGACCCGCGCAACGAAGAACUCGAUCCGCUACUGGAUCUGUCGCUCCCCGAGGAGCAGGAGCUGCCGUCGCUGACGGUCGGGACUACGACGGCGGUGCCGGUUGGGGAGAAUCAUAUGGACGAGGAUGAGGGCGAGAUGAAGGUGUCGGUGCUGAAUAUGGACUCCCGGCUGCACGUCACAUACAUCGAGACGAUGCUGGCGGUGGGCAUAGAUGGGUGCAAGCAGAUCCGUGAACUGCUGGAGGGAGUGAUCAAGUCGAGCCGAUAG